GGAAUUUUUAUUAACUCAGACACUUGAAUACUGGCUUCUCACUUACAUGUCUGAAACAGCAACAGACUCAACAGACUCCUGGAAUGAAGACUACUCGCCAGAUGCUUGGUUAAUAGAAUGCUUUUCUCUAAAAACUGCCAAUUUCAUUGUUACCAGAGUAUCUGAAGAAUAUCUCAAAGCACAAACACCCAAAUACUGGAUUGAUUGGGCCAUUUAUCAAUUUACUAAUCAAGCUUCAAAGGAGUUUAUCUCUUUUAUUGAAAAUGCGAGUGAGAACAAAGUUCAUGUUUUUAAAAACAUACCAAUAAUUGUUAAAUCCAUUGGUGACACUAGUGAUAAAGGUAAUGAACUUAAUCUCCUUCUUGAAACAGAUCUUAAUCAAUUUAAUAAUAAUAAAAGCACCUGGUAUUACCACACCACGGACUUGAUUAGUGCUGAAAGUAUUUUUACUGAUGGCAUCAGUUUGGUAGCAGGUCAGAAGAAACAAGAUUUUGGUGGUCGAACUUCAUCAUUCUACCUCAAUGAUGAAUUUAAAUGGGCAAUUGAUUUCAGACUACAAAAGUUUAUUAGUUCACCAAGUGCAAUAAUUAUUUAUGAUAUUCCUGAAACUUUAUUAAAAGAAAAAGAAUAUAAACACCUUGAUCUUAAUAAUGGUAAUAAAAGGUGGAAGGAUGUAGUGCAUAAAUCUUGUAACUAUUGUGCAUGUGAAACUGAUGAAUAUGGUUCUGUUUAUGGCCCUCAAACCACAAAUUAUGAUUCUCAACCUAAUUUUAAAUUAGCGAAAAAAUGGGAAAAGGAGCACUUGCGCAAGCAGAUUCACUAUCACUGGCCAACAAUUACAGAUAUCAAUGGAAAUAUGACCAGAAAUAUAGGAACAAUAACUGGAGGAUCAUUUAUUGUUAGAUCAAAGAGAAAACAGGAAGAGUAUCAUACCAGCAAUAACACAGAAAAAAUUAAGCAAUAA